AUGUUCCACUUAAACCAGCUGCUUCGAAAUGUGUCAGGAUUCAAAUCGGUGCUACAGAGUGGCUUGAACGGUCGCCGCUUCGGUACAAACCAACGAGAGAAAUUGCGCCGCGUGCUGAUCGUGUCGAAACUGACGCGUCUCGAGUUUGAAAAGAUCCGCGAGGAGCAGCUAAGCGAUGAGUGUCUCGAGCAGAAGAUCCGUGAUCGUGGCACCGACUACGAUGCCAUCAAGUACUACCACCAUCUGCACAAGGACGUCGAGCGGCAUGUGGCGCGAUCGUUUCAGGAGCACGGUAUCGAGGUGCAGGUGGUCAACAGGAUCACGAUCCAUAAGGAUGCGUUGCAGUGGGCCGACUUGAUCGUACCGAUCGGUGGUGAUGGUACGUUUCUGUUGGCGGCUGGUCGUGCAAGUCCGUUCUUCCUGUCCAACGGCAAGCGAACGCCCGUUGUUGGGUUUAAUUCUGAUCCACGACGAUCCGAGGGCCGGCUUAUGCUACCGAAGCAGUACUCGGUACAGGUCGGUGAAGCUGUCCGAAGGAUCAUUGCAAACGAAUUCAGGUGGAUGCAUCGGUCUCGCAUUCGUACCACACUCGUCGGGGCAGCCACGACCGAGAGGCCUUCGCCGAUGGAUUUACACGAAUUUCAUUCGCAACCGGUCGAACACAAGGAGGUGAUGUCGACUGUACCGAACGGCAAAAGUCGCAUCCUUCCGUACCUGGCGCUUAAUGAGGUUUUCAUCGGGGAAAUGCUUUCCGCACGCGUAUCCCACCUUCACCUGCGCAUCGACAAUGCCGAUCUUGUAACGAAAACGAAAAGUUCCGGUCUGUGUGUCAGCACCGGGACGGGAUCGACAUCGUGGCUGACGAGCAUGAACCGGUUGUCGACGAACAACGUGAAGGAUUUGCUGAAAAUCGUCAAGAAUCGGACGGCUCCGGGCACCCUAAACAACAUCGAUCCUGAAUCCAUAUCUCAAGAGUACAACGAUAAUCUAGUGUUUGCGCCCGACGAUCCGCGGCUGUGCUACUCAAUUCGCGAGCAGAUUUGCGUUGGUGUGUGGCCCAACCCGAAAGGACUAGAAUCGCGUGGGUUUGCCAAGGAAAUGUUCGUCAAAUCGCGCUGUGUCGACGCAAGUCUGGUUAUAGAUGGUAGCAUUGCAUACCACUUCAACGAUGGUGCACGUGCUCUAUUAGAAGUGUAUCCGGAGGAUUCACUGUUGACCAUCGAUAUGGACGACUGACUGAGCGUCGGACAACGACAAGCCAUUACUCCGACGACGCAGAUAAUGCCUUCUGUGGAUAUAUCAUUGAUUCGAACCGUUCCGAUGAUUUCUUCAGGUCCUAUCGCUCGCUUUUCGAUACUGUUCCCCAACGCUGGACUGAAGGAUGUGAAUCCUUACGCUUUCUGAAAACAAAAAAACGCUUGGCAAACGCCACUAUUGUGUAUGUUGUUGCAAUUCUCGCACUACCGACGGUGCCUGACGGUGCAUUUAUUUAUCGAUCCUCUCCCAUAGCGUUCCCUUCUCCUUAAGGUACGGUUACUGUAAGUAGAAAGUGUAAUAAAUUUGGUAUCGUGUUAUUUUUAUACAUAUAUAUGUAAAUAUCGUUUCCCAUGCUGCUACUUUGCGUU